AUGAAACCGAACGACAAAACUGAAAAAAAACAAGGAAUAAUUUGUCUGUAUUUAAAAUUAGUUAGAUGCAUAUAA